AAUCACCAACAAAGAAAAUUACAUUCAUCUAAAAAAAAAUCCCAAGUAUAACCUCUAUUACUACUACAUAUUAAGCUUAGAAUAACUUUGUUUCGGGUUUAUUAUUACCAACCAGCAGUAUGUCAGACCAAUUUGAAAAUGAAACCACUGAGAUCAAUGCUAAGGAUCGCGGUCUCUUUGAUUGCUUUGGAAAGAAGGAAGAGAACCCGAAAGAGAAGGUAGAAAAGGCAGAGGAAGAAAAGGUCUAUCUAAAUAGUAGCAGCUCUAGCUCGUCAGAGGAAGAAGUGGAGGAAGAUGGAGUGAAAGUAAAGAGGAAGAAGAAGAAGGGCCUAACAGACAAGAUCAAGGAAAAGCUACCAGAUCACAAAGAUGAAGCCGCUGCCACUCCAGUAAGUGAUUACGAUGACCAUCAUCAGCCUGCAACUGUAACUGCUGAGGCAACACACCCGGAGGAAAAGAAGGGCUUUCUGGAAAUGAUCAAAGAGAAGUUGCCGGGGCAUCACAAGGAUGACGCAGUUGCACCUGUACCUGUACCUGCACCUGCACCAGCUCCUGCUGCUCCUCAACCUCCAGUGGUGGCACACUGUGGGUCUGAUGGGCAAUGUGGGGGUUCACAUGAAGCCCAGGAGAAGAGAGGGUUCUUAGAGAAGAUCAAAGAUAAGCUUCCCGGUGGACAUAAGGAUAGCGAAGCAGUCAAGAAAGACCAUUAGUUGAUCAUCCUCUUGGUGGUUUGCUGGUAUUAUUAUUUUUAUGUCCUAAAGUCUGUUAAGUGUUAAGCUUUGUAUUCUGCAAUUCAGUGUUUUCCCAGCUUUGUGCAAUUUGGUUUCACUUUGUGUUUCAUUGUUUCAUAUCGUUAGCUCUUGUUAUUUAAUUCCAGCUUUUGCUAUAUAUUCUAUCUUCUGCUU